AUGGCAAAAGAUAAUGCUGCAAUUACUUUUUGUGCAAACAGUGUUCAAGAAAAUGAAAAAAUGUUACAUGAAUCAUGUUUCAAAAGUCAAGUAGAUAUAAAGAACAAGAAAGAUUAUGAAAAGUUGUUUAUUAAACUUAAUUAUAUUUGUCAAAUAAAAUCAACCAAAGAAGGAAUACAGUUAAAUUCUUGGUGUAACAAAAAUGUCACAAGUUGUAUAUAUGGCCCCAUCUCAGGAUUUCCAUCUGGUUCAUGGUGGGGAAUUCGUAUGGAUUGUUCUAGGGAUCGUGUUCAUGACCCCUUCGAUGAAAAUGUUCAGAAUGGGCCAUUUGGAGUUACUUCAAUUUGUACUUCAAGUAUUAAUCUAAAUGAAGAUGUAGAUUUGGGUAAAUGCCUCACUCUUACAGGAAAGAAAUAUUCUGUUGAACAAUUAGAUAAAGAUCCACUCAUUCAAAAUUAUGAAAAUCAAAUACCAGUGAGAUUAAUCAGGAGCUAUAAUUUAUUUAAUGAAUUUGCACCUAAAACAGGUUAUAGGUAUGAUGGUUUGUACAUUGUAACAAGCUUUUGGAUAGGUAUAAGUUCAAAUGCUGUAAAAUAUUAUAAAUUUGCUCUGCUACGUUUAAAUGAUCAGGAGCCACCAUCAUGGAAUGUCAAACCAGCUUUGUUAUCUAUAAAUACUUCUACUUUACAUUCUACACCUACAUCUUUACGGACCUAUGUAAAAAAUUCUGCUCCAAACAUAUACGAAUUUAAAAAAUAUUCACAUGGUCUGCAAACUACAAUUCAAAAAAGGAAAUAUGAAAAUUCAAAUGAAUUUUCACAAUUACAAAAUAUUGAAAAUAAAAAAAUAGAAAGAAAGAAAAAUGCAACUGAAAGUGCAAUUGUGACUCGUCAUGUAUUUAAAAAGUUAAACACUAAUACAGAAUGUGCAUCAAAUUUACCAAACAUGUCUGUCAUCUCAGAAAACGGAUCAUUAACUCAUAUUGGAAGCAGAGGAUCAAAAACUCAUAAUACAAAUAUUUCUAUACGUACAGGACUGUACAAUUCAUCACAUACUACAAAAAACGAAAGUAAGAAAAAUACUUCAUCACCAUUUUGUAGGACAGCUAAAUCACUUAAUAUCCUUAAAACUAAUCAACAUAUUGAAAAUUGGAAUUUGUCAAACAAAGACAAAAAAAGAAAUUUAGAUGGAAGAACCCAAACAGUAACAUCAAGUGAAUUUCCUAAGCGUAUUAAUUAUAUAUCUUUUAAUACAGGAAAACCAGACUCAAGAAAAAUAAAAUUUCCUAAAGAUAUAAGUGCAGAAAUAAAAAGUGAUACAAAUAAUACAAAUUCAAAUUCCUGUUAUUUGAAUAGAUUUGAAUGUAAUAUUACACAUAAAGAGAUACCCAAUGAUGCUAAAGACAUAUGUAGUAGUACUUUAAACUCAUCUGAUAUAACAACUAGUAUGUUGAACAUGACAAACUGUAUGUACAAAAAUGAAAUUUCAGCUCAUAAAAUGGUAUCCAAAGAAGUAAAAGAAUUGAAAUCACUUGAUUCUUUAGAUUCAAUGACACCGGAUAAAAUUCUUCAUUUAAUUAAUAAUAAAAAUCAUCCUUUAUCAAAAUUACUAAUGCGUAAUAUGAUUGGGCUAACAUCAGAACAAACUAUAGCCUUAGAAACAGGAGAAAUAGUAACAGCUAAAUCAGAAAUCAAAGAUAAAAUAGUAACACAAAAAAGUAAUACAGAAGAAAUUAAAGAAAAAACUAAAUUUGAAGUUAUUUCAGAUGAUUUAAGUGGAUCAAGAUGUUAUAAAUUCAGAAGACGUAGAAAACUAUCCAGAAAGAUAGUGAAUAAGUCAGAAAUGAUAAAAUAUAAUAAAAUACACAAUGAAAAGUUUAAAAAAGGUUCUAUAAAAUCUUCAGAUAUUUUGGAAUAUUCUCGGAAAGAUAAACGAGAAACAGAUAUCUGCAAAGAUUUAAAAAAGAAAAGUAUACAACAAAAGCAUGUACAAAAAAGAGAACCAAACUGUUUAGCAAAUUCAACAAGAUAUAUUAACAAGAAUAAUGGAAAUACAAUAGAAGCAAGAAUGCACUUACAAAUGAGGACAAUUGAUUCAUCGAUAAAGAAACAUAUAAAUAAAAAACAAAGAAGAGAAAUUACAAAUUUAUUAAUUGAUGCUAAAAUUGAACCCAAAAUACGUGGUCCACGAUACAGAAGAUUACGAUGUAUUAAUAAUGAAUAUACAAAACAAUCAUAUGGACAUUUCAAUACUGCAAUGUAUACGUUGAAUAAAUGUAAAGUUAAAUCAGAACGGUCUACUUUCCAAAAUAGGAACAAACUUAGAAAAAUAACUAGCUGUAAACGUGUUAAAAGGAAACAAACUAGAAAUGUUAAAAGGUCAGAAACAUUAAAUUUGAAGCAUAAUAAAAUUAGCAGGAAUCUCACUGUUUCUAAAAAGGCAGGUAAGAAUCAUAUUGUAAAACAAACUGUAAGCAAUAAUAGUAAUUUAAAUAAAAAUGAAAGUAAUAACAUCAACGAUAAGAAAGACAAUAAUAAAAAAUCAAAAUUUGUAGAAAAAAGUGUUAAAAUUGUAGAAAAUGAAGAUGUAACAAUUAUUAAAAAUCGAAAACGAAAAUUAAUACAAUCAGUUUAUAAAGAUUCAAAAUGUAACAAAAGAGAUAAAAAAGCUUACAAUAAUUAUGAAAAAGAAAUUUCAAAACCUUGCAAAACAGAUGCUGUCACUCAGUGUUCUCUCCUUAAAGAACCAUUAGCAAAAAACUUAAAAUCCGGCAGUUAUGUACAAAAUAAUGUUCGUAAUGAACAAUACACUUUUAUUAAAAUAGAAUAUGGUGAUUUUAAAGAUAUGAAAUCUGAAAUAUAUGAAGCUAUGAGGUCAGAUAAUGAAAAUAAAAGUUACACAUCUCAAACUGAGGAAAAAUGUGUAUCUUGUACGGAAACUGUAUAUAAUUUACAGCAGCCUAUGAAUACAAAUGUACUAUUAAAUAAUAGUAUUUUGAGUACAAAAGAGCAAAAUAAAUUUCCACCUGAAAGAGUAUCUGCAUUUGUACCUGUUAAUAUACCAGAUAAUGAUUUAAAAAUUGCUCGAUUAAGAUCAAUAGGAUUUAAGCCAAUUAAUUUUAAUAAUAGCAGUGAAGAUAUUAAUGAUCAAGAUAAAGGAAACAAAAUACUAAAACAAAGUGUUACCGAAAAAUAUAAUAAAUAUACAAAUGAAGAAAAUGAUAUUGUUGUUUACAUGGAUGAUGAAUUACAAUAUCAAGACAUCGAGGAUGAAGACAAAAAUUCUUUGCCUAUUAAAUGCAAAGAAAAAGAAUCAUACAAUUCGUUAUUAGAACAAGAUUUAGAAUCACCUUGGCAUGGGUGGAAGAAAAUUGUAACAAAUAAAGAUACAUAUUGGAUAGGUUGGUAAAAAGAAAUGUAAUAAAUAUUGUAUUAUUAUAUAUAUGUUAGUGUGUGCGCACACAAAUUUUCUGCCAAAAUAAGGCUGUUAACAA